ACCGUCUUCACGUAUCGUCACAAAAGGUAGAAGGCAAAGCAGCUAACAAACCUCUUACGAAGGAACGAAUUUUUUUAAUUAAAAUUUAAAAUCUGUGAUUUUCCUUUUUUGGAGCUUACUGAGGGAAUCGCUUUACGAGCACAUCAUUUUUGCAUAUUCAAGCUCACUUUAGGAUUUAACGAAAUUUCUAUUCAUUUGUUCUAUCAUUUAUAUUUUUUAUAGAAACUCAAAAUGUCAAACACUGAGACUUUCAAGUUCGAGGCUGAAAUCAGCCAGUUGAUGUCUUUGAUUAUCAACACUGUCUACUCUAACAAGGAGAUUUUCCUUCGUGAAAUCAUCUCCAACGCCUCCGACGCUUUAGACAAGAUUCGCUACCAAAGUCUUUCUGAUCCCCAUGCCUUGGACAGUGAAAAGGAACUUUACAUUCGCAUUACUCCCUAUAAGGAAAGCAAGGUCCUUUGCAUUCGCGAUACUGGUAUUGGUAUGACCAAGAAUGACUUGAUCAACAACCUUGGUGUUAUUGCCAAGUCCGGUACCAAGCAAUUCAUGGAAGCUGCUGCUUCUGGUGCUGACAUCUCUAUGAUUGGACAAUUCGGUGUCGGUUUCUACUCUGCUUACUUGGUUGCUGACAAGGUCCAAGUUGUCAGUAAGCAUAAUGAUGAUGAGCAAUACAUCUGGGAAUCCUCUGCUGGUGGUAGCUUCAACGUUACCUUGGAUACUGAGGGACCUCGCUUGGGUCGUGGUACUGAAAUUCGCCUUCACAUGAAGGAAGACCAACUCGCAUACCUUGAAGAAAAGACUAUUAAGGAUACCGUUAAGAAGCACAGUGAAUUCAUUUCCUACCCCAUUCAGCUCGUUGUUACUCGUGAAGUCGAGAAGGAUGUCCCUGAGGAGGAAGACACUACUGAAGAAGUCAAGGAAGGUGAUGAUAAGGCUCCUAAGAUCGAGGAAGUUGACGAUGAAUCCGAAAAGAAGGAGAAGAAGUCCAAGAAGGUGAAGGAGACUACUACCGAGAACGAAGAGCUUAACAAGACCAAGCCCAUCUGGACUCGUAACCCUAAUGAGGUCUCCAAGGAAGAGUAUGCUUCUUUCUACAAGUCUUUGACCAACGACUGGGAAGACCAUCUUGCCGUCAAGCACUUCAGCGUUGAAGGUCAAUUAGAAUUCCGUGCUGUUCUUUUUGCCCCUCGUCGUGCCCCUAUGGACUUGUUUGAGGCUAAGCGUAAGAAGAACAACAUCAAGCUUUACGUUCGUCGUGUCUUCAUCACCGAUGACUGUGAAGAAUUGAUUCCUGAAUGGUUGGGUUUCGUCAAGGGUGUUGUGGACUCUGAGGAUUUGCCUUUGAACUUGUCUCGUGAAAUGCUCCAACAAAACAAGAUUAUGAAGGUUAUCCGCAAGAACCUCGUCCGUCGCUGCUUGGACAUGUUCAAUGAGAUUGCUGAAGACAAGGAGAACUUCAAGACUUUCUAUGAAGCUUUCAGCAAGAACUUGAAGCUUGGUAUCCAUGAGGAUGCUGCCAACCGUCCUGCCUUGGCUAAGCUCUUACGAUUCAACUCUCUCCACUCUACUGAUGACAUGAUCAGCUUUGAAGACUACAUCACCAAGAUGCCUGAACAUCAAAAGAACAUCUACUUCAUUACUGGUGAAUCUAAGCAAGCUGUCGAGAACUCUCCUUUCUUGGAAGUUUUCCGUGCUAAGAAGUUUGAUGUCUUGUUCAUGGUUGACCCCAUUGACGAAUAUGCUGUCACCCAAUUGAAGGAAUUUGAAGGAAAGAAGUUGGUUAACAUUACCAAGGACGGUCUCGAAUUGGAAGAGACUGACGAGGAGAAGGCUAACCGUGAGAAGCUCGAGAAGGAUUACGAAGAGUUCGCUAAGCAACUCAAGACCAUCUUGGGUGACAAGGUUGAGAAGGUUACCGUUUCCAACAAGAUUGUUGGUUCUCCUUGCUUGUUGACUACUGGUCAAUAUGGCUGGUCUGCUAACAUGGAACGUAUCAUGAAGGCUCAAGCUCUCCGUGAUACCUCUAUGAGCGCUUACAUGUCUAGCAAGAAGACCUUUGAAAUCAACCCCAAGUCUGCUAUCAUUGCUGAACUUAAGAAGAAGGUUGAUGAGAAUGGCACUGAUGACCGUUCUGUUAAGGACUUGGCAACUAUCUUGUUUGAGACUGCUCUCUUGUCCUCUGGUUUCUCUUUGGAUGAUCCUAGCGCCUAUGCCUCUCGUAUCAACCGUCUCAUUUCCCUCGGACUUAGCAUUGAUGAGGAAGAAGAAGCCCCUGCUGCCGAGCAAGCUGCUGAGCCCUCUGGUGAGCAAGCUGUUGAAAGCAAGAUGGAAGAGGUUGACUAAAUUAAUUGAAGUAAUCAGGAAAUUUGUCAAGUUGUCUAUGCAUCAUGCCUUUUGGAAGUAAACGACUUUGCAGUAUAGCAAGUAUUGUAUGGUUUAAUAAUUUCGUCAAAAAAGUUUCUUUUCAUGAGUUAUUUUAAUUAGAGACUAGAUAAUAGAAAAGAGUCUUUUUAUAUUAUUUAAUGGUUUAUUAUCUAUAUUGCAUGAAUAGUAGGUACUUAUAGUGUUGAAGUAGCAAGGAUUUCUUAGAAAUCUGUGAUAGUAAAGACGAGAAAUGUGAAUGGAUAACUUUGCAAAGUAGUGUUAUUAUAGUUCUGUUAUGAAUGCUG